AUGAGACGGCAAGUAUUGUUUUUCAUCUCGAUCUUGUCCCUCGGUCCAGUUCUCGGACAAGUCAGCUACUCUGUUCCAGAGGAAAUGGCAAAGGGCUCUGUGGUGGGCAACAUAGCACGGGAUUUAGGUUUAGAUGUGAAACGAUUAAAGUCAGGUAAAGCUCGUAUAUUUUCGGGCGACAGUGCAGAAUAUAUCGAGCUGAGCAGAGACAGAGGAGUCCUCCUGGUGAAAGAAAGAAUAGACAGAGAGUCGCUCUGCAGACAGACGACGCCUUGUGCUUUGCAUUUGCAGAUUAUUUUAGAGAACCCAAUGGAGCUUUUCCGAAUAACAGUAGAAAUCACCGACAUCAACGACAACAGUCCCAGUUUUAAGAAUGACGAGAAACGUUUUGAAAUUAGCGAAUCCGCAGUUGUGGGAUCGAAAUUUGUGUUAGAACGAGCGGUCGACGCAGACAUCGGCAUAAAUGGCCUGAAAAAUUACAGCUUGAAACCUGCUGACAAUUUCGUUCUGAAAACACAAAGUCAGGCAGAUGGAAAUAAAAAGGUCGAAAUGGUUUUACACAAACCGCUGGAUCGAGAGAGAGAGGAACAAAUAUCGCUGCUGUUAACAGCUGUGGAUGGAGGAGAACCGCAGAUGUCUGGGACAGUAAAGAUUUACGUGACUGUGUUGGAUGCGAACGACAAUGCUCCUGUUUUUACGCAGUCGGUUUACAAGGCGGCCAUCGCGGAAAAUUCACCAAAAGGAACGACACUGACCACAGUGAGUGCUUCUGAUGCAGAUAAAGGGACACACGGGGACGUUACCUAUUCAGUGUCGACCACGAUGGACAGUGUGUCUGAUAUAUUUUCAAUAAAUGACAACGGCGAAGUGAUAUUAGUUGGUGAAGUCGACUUUGAAAAAGAGAAGUAUUACCAGAUUGAUAUCGAAGCUAAAGACAGUGGUGGUCUUUCGGAUUCUAUCUUAAAGCAUCGUAAGGUGCUUGAGAACUACAGGGACUCAUGUGGAAACUAA